AUGUUCCUGGAAGAAAAGAUUAUGACCAAGGACUCUGGAGGAGAAAAGGCAUCUGAAAGCCAAACAAGAAAAUCAGGGACGACAGGACUACGUAAGUGCAAAAAAUGGAGCGCCGCGGCCCAGCCAGUGCUCCGGCCCGGCCACCCGGCCGCAUGCCGGGGUCGGAAUCCUGCAGGACGACUGUCCUCACCCUGCCUGCAGCCUGCGUGCGCUCCCGUGCCGCCGCCACGCUCUGGCCGGGCACGGCUCUCGGUGCGCAAGUUCACAGACAAACACGAGUGGGUAACCGCAGAGAAUGGUGUUGGAACAGUGGGGAUCCGCCAUUUUGCACAGGAAACUUUGGGAGAUAUUUACCGGAGUCUUCCCGAAGUUGGGACAAAACUGAACAAACAGGAUGCGUUUGGUGCUCUGGAAAGUGUGAACGCUGCUAGUGAACGCUACUCUCCUUUAUCAGAAGUCACAGGAAUUAAUGACGCGCUUACAGAGAAUCCCGGGCUUGUGAACAAACCCUGUUAG